UCCCCUCCUUGAUCUUAUUAAUGAAGCUCAUCAAAAAAAUAACGUAGGAAAUACAGCAGAAGCAAUAAGCGAUCAGGAUCAGCAUGUCUAUGACAUGAACGAUGUGCAUCAAGCAAUUUCUCAAUUCCUUGCCUCGUAUAUUUUUGAGCUUCUUGAAAACGCAGAUCAUACUGGCCGUACGAUUCCAGACAUAAAUUCUAAAAUUUGCUAUGAAUUUGCAUCCUCGAGUAAUUGCUUUGCAUAUAAGCAUAACAAAUGUCAAGAUUGGCACAUAAAGCCAACACCAACGAUUUUGUACAAUCAUCUGUUGCUUUUAUGUCUACAAUAUACCGUAAUGAGAAAGAUGCUUGUAUUAUAUCAUCGUCGUUUACUUAAAGAUGAUCAAAGUAAAAAUGUUCUUCGUCAACAUAGAUAUUGGGCUGAAAAUCAUCUUAACGAUAUGCGUAAUGAUUUAUUUAAUCUAACUGAUAAAGUAUGGCUUAAAAAUGGAUUCAACAGUGGCAAGGACUUUGGGGUCAUGCUAAAAUGCAUGUUUGUAUUACAACAAUUACGACAUAAAUGGGAUUUCAAUAAAUUCAGAUGGGUAGUGAAUAAACCUUUUGAGGUGAAAAAAACCCCAUUAAUUGGCUUUGAAUACGAUCAAAAACGUCUUUGCUAUGUUUCAUUAGGAAAACGUCUUUAUUCGUUUUUCUACUGUCAUAAUUUCAAUAAAGUGAUAGAAGCAAUUAAUCAUGCGACCGUAUUUAUUCGCUAUGCCAUAGGCCACAUUCGUGAGGUUUGCAUAAUGGACGCACCAAAAUCACUUGGUGAUCUUACAUCCCUUAUUGAGUUCACGAUUUCACUA